AGCGCGCAUGCUCGCGGCUCGGCGCUGAAAUUCAAAUUUGAACGGCUGCAGAGGCCGAGUCCGACACUGGAAGCCGAGAGGAGAGGACAGCUGGUUGUGGGAGAGUUCCCCCGCCUCAGACUCCUGGUUUUUUCCAGGAGACACACUGAGCUGAGACUCACUUUUCUCUUCCUGAAUUUGAACCACCGUUUCCAUCGUCUCGUAGUCCGACGCCUGGGGCGAUGGAUCCGUUUACGGAGAAACUGCUGGAGCGAACCCGUGCCAGGCGAGAGAAUCUUCAAAGAAAAAUGGCUGAGAGGCCCACAGCAGCUCCAAGGUCUAUGACUCAUGCUAAGCGAGCUAGACAGCCACUUUCAGAAGCAAGUAACCAGCAGCCCCUCUCUGGUGGUGAAGAGAAAUCUUGUACAAAACCAUCGCCAUCAAAAAAACGCUGUUCUGACAACACUGAAGUAGAAGUUUCUAACUUGGAAAAUAAACAACCAGUUGAGUCGACAUCUGCAAAAUCUUGUUCUCCAAGUCCUGUGUCUCCUCAGGUGCAGCCACAAGCAGCAGAUACCAUCAGUGAUUCUGUUGCUGUCCCGGCAUCACUGCUGGGCAUGAGGAGAGGGCUGAACUCAAGAUUGGAAGCAACUACAGCCUCCUCAGUUAAAACACGUAUGCAAAAACUUGCAGAGCAACGGCGCCGUUGGGAUAAUGAUGAUAUGACAGAUGAUAUUCCUGAAAGCUCACUCUUCUCACCAAUGCCAUCAGAGGAAAAGGCUGCUUCCCCUCCCAAACCUCUGCUUUCAAAUGCCUCGGCAACUCCAGUUGGGAGAAGGGGCCGUCUGGCCAAUCUUGCUGCAACUAUUUGCUCCUGGGAAGAUGAUGUAAAUCACUCAUUUGCAAAACAAAACAGUGUACAAGAACAGCCUGGUACCGCUUGUUUAUCCAAAUUUUCCUCUGCAAGUGGAGCAUCUGCUAGGAUCAAUAGCAGCAGUGUUAAGCAGGAAGCUACAUUCUGUUCCCAAAGGGAUGGCGAUGCCUCUUUGAAUAAAGCCCUAUCCUCAAGUGCUGAUGAUGCGUCUUUGGUUAAUGCCUCAAUUUCCAGCUCUGUGAAAGCUACUUCUUCUCCAGUGAAAUCUACUACAUCUAUCACUGAUGCUAAAAGUUGUGAGGGACAAAAUCCUGAGCUACUUCCAAAAACUCCUAUUAGUCCUCUGAAAACGGGGGUAUCGAAACCAAUUGUGAAGUCAACUUUAUCCCAGACAGUUCCGUCCAAGGGAGAAUUAAGUAGAGAAAUUUGUCUGCAAUCUCAAUCUAAAGACAAAUCUACGACACCAGGAGGAACAGGAAUUAAGCCUUUCCUGGAACGCUUUGGAGAGCGUUGUCAAGAACAUAGCAAAGAAAGUCCAGCUCGUAGCACACCCCACAGAACCCCCAUUAUUACUCCAAAUACAAAGGCCAUCCAAGAAAGAUUAUUCAAGCAAGACACAUCUUCAUCUACUACCCAUUUAGCACAACAGCUCAAGCAGGAACGUCAAAAAGAACUAGCAUGUCUUCGUGGCCGAUUUGACAAGGGCAAUAUAUGGAGUGCAGAAAAAGGCGGAAACUCAAAAAGCAAACAACUAGAAACCAAACAGGAAACUCACUGUCAGAGCACUCCCCUCAAAAAACACCAAGGUGUUUCAAAAACUCAGUCACUUCCAGUAACAGAAAAGGUGACCAAAAACCAGAUACCAGCCAAAAAUUCUAGUACAGAACCUAAAGGUUUCACUGAAUGCGAAAUGACGAAAUCUAGCCCUUUGAAAAUAACAUUGUUUUUAGAAGAGGACAAAUCCUUACAAGUAACAUCAGACCCAAAGGUUGAGCAGAAAAUUGAAGUGAUACGUGAAAUUGAGAUGAGUGUGGAUGAUGAUGAUAUCAAUAGUUCGAAAGUAAUUAAUGACCUCUUCAGUGAUGUCCUAGAGGAAGGUGAACUAGAUAUGGAGAAGAGCCAAGAGGAGAUGGAUCAAGCAUUAGCAGAAAGCAGCGAAGAACAGGAAGAUGCACUGAAUAUCUCCUCAAUGUCUUUACUUGCACCAUUGGCACAAACAGUUGGUGUGGUAAGUCCAGAGAGUUUAGUGUCCACACCUAGACUGGAACUGAAAGACACCAGCAGAAGUGAUGAAAGUCCAAAACCAGGAAAAUUCCAAAGAACUCGUGUCCCUCGAGCUGAAUCUGGUGAUAGCCUCGGUUCUGAAGAUCGUGAUCUUCUUUACAGCAUUGAUGCAUAUAGAUCUCAAAGAUUCAAAGAAACAGAACGUCCAUCAAUAAAGCAGGUGAUUGUUCGGAAGGAAGAUGUUACUUCAAAACUGGAUGAAAAAAAUAAUGCCUUUCCUUGUCAAGUUAAUAUCAAACAGAAAAUGCAGGAACUCAAUAACGAAAUAAAUAUGCAACAGACAGUGAUCUAUCAGGCUAGCCAGGCUCUUAACUGCUGUGUUGAUGAAGAGCAUGGAAAAGGGUCCCUAGAAGAAGCUGAAGCAGAAAGACUUCUUCUAAUUGCAACUGAGAAGAGAACACUUUUGAUUGAUGAAUUGAAUAAAUUGAAGAACGAAGGACCCCAGAGGAAGAAUAAGGCUAGUCCCCAAAGUGAAUUUAUGCCAUCCAAAGGAUCAGUUACUUUGUCAGAAAUCCGCUUGCCUCUAAAAGCAGAUUUUGUCUGCAGUACGGUUCAGAAACCAGAUGCAGCAAAUUACUAUUACUUAAUUAUACUAAAAGCAGGAGCUGAAAAUAUGGUAGCCACACCAUUAGCAAGUACUUCAAACUCUCUUAACGGUGAUGCUCUGACAUUCACUACUACAUUUACUCUGCAAGAUGUAUCCAAUGACUUUGAAAUAAAUAUUGAAGUUUACAGCUUGGUGCAAAAGAAAGAUCCCUCAGGCCUUGAUAAGAAGAAAAAAACAUCCAAGUCCAAGGCUAUUACUCCAAAGCGACUCCUCACAUCUAUAACCACAAAAAGCAACAUUCAUUCUUCAGUCAUGGCCAGUCCAGGAGGUCUCAGUGCUGUGCGAACCAGCAACUUCGCCCUUGUCGGAUCUUACACAUUAUCAUUGUCUUCAGUAGGAAAUACUAAGUUUGUUCUGGACAAGGUCCCCUUUUUAUCUUCUUUGGAAGGUCAUAUUUAUUUAAAAAUAAAAUGUCAAGUGAAUUCCAGUGUUGAAGAAAGAGGUUUUCUAACCAUAUUUGAAGAUGUUAGUGGUUUUGGUGCCUGGCAUCGAAGAUGGUGUGUUCUUUCUGGAAACUGUAUAUCUUAUUGGACUUAUCCAGAUGAUGAGAAACGAAAGAAUCCCAUAGGAAGGAUAAAUCUGGCUAAUUGUACCAGUCGUCAGAUAGAACCAGCCAACAGAGAAUUUUGUGCAAGACGCAACACUUUUGAAUUAAUUACUGUCCGACCACAAAGAGAAGAUGACCGAGAGACUCUAGUCAGCCAAUGCAGGGACACACUCUGUGUUACCAAGAACUGGCUGUCUGCAGAUACUAAAGAAGAGCGGGAUCUCUGGAUGCAAAAGCUCAAUCAAGUUCUUGUUGAUAUUCGCCUCUGGCAACCUGAUGCUUGCUACAAACCUAUUGGAAAGCCUUAAACCGGGAAAUUUCCAUGCCAUCUAGAGGUUUUUGAUGUCAUCUUAAGAAACACACUUAAGAGCAUCAGAUUUACUGAUUGCAUUUUAUGCUUUAAGUACGAAAGGGUUUGUGCCAAUAUUCACUACGUAUUAUGCAGUAUUUAUAUCUUUUGUAUGUAAAACUUUAACUGAUUUCUGUCAUUCAUCAAUGAGUAGAAGUAAAUACGUUAUAGUUGAUUUUGCUAAAUCUUAAUUUAAAAGCCUCAUUUUCCUAGAAAUCUAAUUAUUCAGUUAUUCAUGACAAUAUUUUUUUAAAAGUAAGAAAUUCUGAGUUGUCUUCUUGGAACUGUAGGUCUUGAAGCAGCAACGUCUUUCAGGGGUUGGAGACAGAAACCCAUUCUCCAAUCUCAGUAGUUUUUUCGAAAGGCUGUGAUCAUUUAUUGAUCGUGAUAUGACUUGUUACUAGGGUACUGAAAAAAAUGUCUAAGGCCUUUACAGAAACAUUUUUAGUAAUGAAGAUGAGAACUUUUUCAAAUAGCAAAUAUAUAUUGGCUUAAAGCAUGAGGCUGCCUUCAGAAAAGAGAUGUGGACAUAGGAGGCAAUGUGUGAGACUUGGGGGUUCAAUAUUUUAUAUAGAAGAGUUAAUAAGCACAUGGUUUACAUUUACUCAGCUACUAUAUAUGCAGUGUGGUGCACAUUUUCACAGAAUUCUGGCUUCAUUAAGAUUAUUUUUGCUGCAUAGCUUACAGACUUAGCAUAUUAGUUUUUUCUACUCCUACACCAAGUGUAAAUUGAAGAAUCUUUAUAUUAAAAAAGUAAACUGUUAUGAAGCUGCUAUGUACUAAUAAUACUUUGCUUGCCAAAGUGUUUGCGUUUUGUUGUUGUUUGUUUGUUUGUUUGUUUUUGGUUCAUGAACAACAGUGUCUAGAAACCCAUUUUGAAAGUGGAAAAUUAUUAAGUCACCUAUCACCUUUAAAUGCCUUUUUUUAAAAUUAUAAAAUAUUGUAAAGCAGGGUCUCAACUUUUAAAUACACUUUGAACUUCUUCUCUGAAUUAUUAAAGUUCUUUAUGACCUCAUUUAUAAACACUAAAUUCUGUCACCUCCUGUCAUUUUAUUUUUUAUUCAUUCAAAUGUAUUUUUUCUUGUGCAUAUUAUAAAAAUAUAUUUUAUGAGCUCUUACUCAAAUAAAUACCUGUAAAUGUCUAAAGGAA